AUGGGGCAAAGCGUAAGGGAUGCGUACCUCUUUUCUUUCCGUUUGAAUUUGCCUCCGGACGGCAACUCAGAGGCGCGUCUCCCCUCCACUGGUGUCUCAUGUGAGGACGCUAAUCCAGGCCCUUUUGUGGUCACCCUGGGCACCAGUGACUCCGUAGGUGGUACCGACAUCUGCGUAGGUCGGAGGUGGUUAUGAGGUGCGGUCAACAGCACCAGACAUGUGUCGCCCAGGGCCAGCUGGCGACAAAUUAUGCCGCAAUGGAGGUGAGCCAGUUGCGGCUCCCAGGCUGACCAACCAAACGUUCGCACGAAGAAGGGGUUGUAGGCGCCGCAUCGAUGCUCGAAAGUGAGUGUCAGCUGAAAGAAGGGGGGAGGGUGGGAAGAAGUAGUGUGUGGUCGGUCAUUUGGUCGGUUUGCCCUGAAGUGAGCAUGACUGCGUGUUGUUUUGGCAUUCGACUACAAUCUGCUGGAGUGUUGUCAGGAGAAAUGCUCCCAUUCCUCAUACUGUGAACCAUACUUUUUGAGGACACGGAUGCAUCGGUGGAGGACCAUGUGCAGAUAGCCCAGGAAAUUGGUAGUUAUUCCAUGAACUCCGAAACCUUUGUGUACAGGGAAUGCAGCAUGGCAGUCGUGUAAACUAUCAAAAAAUCUGGUCGAUCGUGAGAAAGUCUCCAGCAUUAAAAAAGUUUGUUCGAAUGGAUUGGACAAAUUCCGUAGACGCACCACUAAUGAACCACUUGAAUCUUUGUCAUGUAUUUAGAACAUUUAAUACGUUAAAUUUUUUCAUAUUCAUAACCUUUUUCUUUAUUUAACCGCAUAUAACUGCUCAGUAAUCACAUAUUCUUCAUCCACUUCGCACAAUCAGCGAUCUGUUGCUGUUAGUAAUUAUUCUUUAGAUGCUGUUUGAUUAUCUGCAGACUGUGAAUCAAUGUGCUUUUUUCUUAUGUAUCUUAAUUAACUCCUUUGACAUUUCACAAUUUCAGUCAUGCUAGUGAAUAUGCAUUCUUUUCAGACGCCUUUGCGUAAAUAGUACACUGCGUUCAACGGCUUGGUUUUCAGAACGUACACAUCACAAAAAUGUGUAGCAUAUUAGUAAUUCUAACAUUUCCUUAAAAGUUAAUUUAUGACCUCCAGAGCAUGCAUAAAUGUUUACUGGACAUUGUUUGUACCUGGAAAUUAUCAGUUAGUUGAAUGCUUUAUUCGGGAAACCCUCUAAAAUCAUAGCCAGUUGGGACCUCACCAGACCGAGAAUUCCGCAGUAUAAAAUAAAAACAAGAUUAUUAGUUACAAAGCAAUAAAAUAUGAGCACGCUUCAUCUUUCCUGCGAUGAUUACGGCCAAUAGGAAAGCCAAGUUUGACAAAGGACUAGUGAACUGCAACUUUACUUUUGAGUUGUGUUAACUGCCCACAUUUCCGUCUGCACGACUCACCUCCUGGCACUCUUUCAUGCAUUUAUUUAUCCCUUUACGGCAGGCAGAGUGCCACUCUUGAGUGCUUAACGCCUCGCCUCUUCCGUGGGCGUUAAACCUCCCCUAAUAAGCUCAUGUCACUUACAGUGCCUUUCCGCCCCCUCCCCCAUACUCUUUAUUCACGCACACAAUAUCCGUUGUUGCUGUUCAAGAGGGACUUCAGUUGCAAGUCGGAUGGAAGUGCCUAACGAGUAUGUCUGUAGUAGAAACCUCUUCAGUUGGCUCUACAGUCUGCAGCCACCAUCCUACUAGGACUGACAGAGGUCCCGGUUCCACACGAUGAGAAUGCUUGUAAAAACGUCGUGGGGAAAUACUAGGACGACACCAAAUUUUGGACAUAACGCGAACUAGCUUAGGAAAGUGUGUAGGGGUUUGAAUCUUUGCUAUUGACGGCAGCUUCCUAACUAAGCGCAUAGUAGCCUAGCAUGUAAAGCCCUCUCACAGUCAGUCUAAACAAACUGUUAUGUUGGUCGUUCUACUAGAUAUAACUACAAACAUUGGUAGCUACUUUUGAGUCAACAGUAGAACUUCGUGAUUUUAUACAAUUCAUUACAGGGCCAGCAAGCGUUUGGGCAACGUUAAUACACAAAGCCCUUUAAAUUGGGACAUAUUUAUGAACUAGGAACUAACAAUGACGCAUACAGGACUCCUGAUGCACAUGGAAAUGUUUGUUCCAUGGCGCACCUGGGAGGAGAGAGGACUGAUUGCAGGGACAGGGAGUUAAUUCAAAUGACGCUUCAAACUCACUGGCAGGGGCAGCAACAAAUAUAAGUGAAGAAAAAGGGGGAUCGAGCACCCGAACAUGUUGUUUAUUGUUCUGAGCUUCCGAACUCGUGCAGUAGCCCAUCAUCAGUAGUACUCGAUCCCUCUUCUUCUUCACUUAUGCAUACACCUGGAACUCGAACUUUCGCCUUCAUUCGUGACAAAUAUACAGUGAGUGUCCGAUCUCAUCAAAUGUUGGGUGGAAAUCUGAAAUGCGUUUUUCAUUAGGAAGGAUAACUUGGCGCGGUUGUAAUAAUGAUUAUCUUGCGGCCUAAUCCUAUAAUAUUUCGGACUCGGCAGGACGUCAGCUUUUGCAUACGGUGCGUUUGAACCUCGUAUAGAAACUUUACUCGGCAAAAAAUGGCUACUUAAGUAGCAUGCAUAUCUUCCAUUGAUUUUCAAUAACCUUACAAAUAGAAAUAUAUUUUAUAGAAACCCUAAAAAUAUGCUUUCUUUCCGUCGUUUGAUAAUAAGUAAUACAACUGCGCCUAAGUAGUCUUUCCUAAUGGAAAACUCAUUUCGGAAUUUUAGCCAACAUCUCAUGAGAUCGGUUACUCACUGUAGGUGACUAACACACAGUGGGUACGGUAUUUAUAAGAUGCAGUUGUCGUAUAACUAAACGCUUGUCAAAAUUAUUGCAUCACGUGCGGACGUCUACCGGCGAUUGCACGGUAGAUUCAUCCCACGAAUACUGCACGUCCGUGCAUCCGCUAACUAUACCUGUUGUUCUUACUAAUGAUGGGUUUGAGAGUGAACUCUAAACUUCGGAUAAAUUAAAUGUAUGCUCCUUAAACUCGAAAGAUAGGACUCAUUCAUCUUCUCUCACCACCCACUGUGAAUUAGAGUGAGGGUGCAUUUUUCUUUUAUUAUUUUUCUGCUGCUCUGCAAAACGUAGACAGGAGGCAUAAAUGAAUGCGCAAUACUUUGAAGUCCAGAGGAAAGACGACAGUACAACGUUCAAGAGUCGCAGUCCCAGUAGGACUUCCGAUUGUUAAUCUAGAUUUUGACAAAUAAACAAAAUUUGCCUGGAUGCGCGGGUUCAAAGUGACGGUUAUUCACAGUGGGAAUACACCUGAUGGGUAGAGAAAACUUUUGUUUACUGAAUUUAUUUGGAGUCCGGGUACCUUUUACUCUGAUAUGUAUAACAGAAAGUAGUAAAUGGAGUAGGAUCAUUUGAAUUAUUUCCACGAUUGGCAAAACGCGGGCGUCAAUCACGCGUAUACCGGAAUGCUGGCUAAAAAUGGCUUCUGCACGUAUGAUGAAAUCGAAAUAAUUUGGUGUUUUAUUUGUGACGGGAUCCCAAGUUGUUGUUUAGAACGCCUGACCAGAGCCCAUAUGAUGUUAGUAUUCAGAUAUUGAUAGACAUUUUUCAUAUUUUCUAGGGAAGUUAAUGCGAUUAACUUGACACUUUAACGAGAAAGCUUGUUCAUUUGAACAAAAUAAUCAGCUACUAAGGAAUGAAUGCCUGUUCAGUAAGAUUGUUGUGGACGAGAACAUCGCCUUUAUCCGAAUAAUGGUUGCGGCUUUUCUGAAAACCACUCAAUUCAGUUGGGUCAAGUGCGGUGUAAAGAAGACACGAAUGUUGUGGAGGUAAAGCUUUUUGCCUGCGAGAACAGUCUGUAUUCUAUCAAGUCGUUUGAAGGAAUGUACGCAAAAUAUUUGAUGUCGCUGAGGAAAUUUUCCAAGUGAAUGAAGUCUUCGAAAAUGUCUGGAAGGAAUGUUUCGCUUUUGGAGUUUAAAUGACGAACUUUACUUUAGUUCUGGUCCACGACGCGAAGCCGCGAAAGAUAGCACACCGUACGCCGCAUCUACUUUUCCAAAAAUACUACAUGUGAAUAUACUAUCAAGACUUCUAAUUGGCUGUAUGCAGUAGUGAAAGGGCUCAUCAUUAUAGUUGCUUGGGAUGACGUCAGUAGAGGAACCAGCUAUGCACAAUUUAAAGAAAAAUUUCCAGGCCAACGUUCUCAUGACUCAUCCAACACAUAUUACUGGAAUACUGAAGACAAAAGCUUCGCAACUAAAUUUGCUCAAUUUGUCUAAAUUUCUUAGAAGUUCACAGAAAACUGUCGAUUAGAGUCUGUUCUAAAUAACACCCAAUAACCGCAUAAUGUAUAUGCCUGAAAAGGUCGACAUCUGCUAUUGUGAUAGCAGUGGGAGGUGGGAGAGGACGCAGGUAGCUGGCACGGUGAAAACCUGCACCUCAGUAUUACGAAACCCCCCCCCGUCCACAACGUACACUGACCGGAAAAAAGGGAGCGGGUCGGAGCAAAUUAGCGCGGCACGAGCCUGCACCUUGGCGUGUCGCUAUACCGAUUGUUGGCUUUUUUUUAUGAGUGCGCAUUCCCGAUCGCGCCUGCCGGACUCCAAUCUGGCCCUCGCGUUGGUUCGGCGCAUCUAAUGCGCGGCCCGUUUUAGAAACAAUAAUUCUCAUAUGCACUCAUCCUAUACACUUCCAAAUAAGGUGUCGAAUUUUUAUUACUUCACCGUGUAAAAAUGUAUUGUACACAGAGGUCCGUCAGCGGACUGCAAUAUCGAAGCGCUCUUUAAAAAUAUAAUUAAUAAGGCAAAGUUUUUAAUUGAUAGGAAGCACAUGCAUUGUCGUCUUUUUUUUGAACACUCAUUUGAUUGGACUGUGGCGACACAGCGGCUAGAGUAAGUACUCUGUGUCCUUGUCUGUGCGCUAGCAUCCUCGGGUCAGAUCCCAAGUUGAGGAGAGAAGACGGAAGAAACCAGAAUGAGGGGUUUAUUGUGCACAGAACCCGGAGUUGUCCUCUCAGGCGACAGUGGCCACUGACGAAGCCAGGGCUGGUGUUGACUGCGUCCAGUCAGGCCUGAGAGUCCUUGAGAUAGUGGUGGCAGCCGCUUUUGUAGGCUCGUAGGCCAGGCUCAAUUGGUGGCCAACCAGCGUGCGUUGCAUUUGCCGAGGGGUGGUGUCCCAGUGGCUUGUUUUGCUGGUUGCAGGGGGUGGCGCGUUCAAGUGGCCGCAUGGGCAGCUGCGACUGCGCGGACGCAGGUAUGCCCGAGCUGUUGGUCGUGUGACUUCAGGUCAGCUCGUCUGGGACGGCUCGCUGCAAAGGGGUGAAUGACCUUGAGGCAGCGAGGUCUUGAACAAUGACGCCGGGCCAGUCAUGAUGGCUAGCCGCCACAGCUCCCCGCCAGGCACAGAACGAAGUGAUUGUGUCGAUCGUGAGGCAGGCGAUGAUAUGUGUGAAAUUAUCCAGUGCACAUACGGGUUUGAGAGCGUGUGUCAAUGAUAGGAGUAGCUAGGACCGCGUGUUAAAGGGGAUGCUGCGACCUGUAGAAAGGUGCAGUUGGGGCAUCAACCCUGGGUGUGCUGGCGUGGUCUCGUCAACGUGUGCCGGUGAGUUGGCACGUUGGUAUGAGACGGAAGAACGUUUCGGACACAAGGCAUCCCAGUGAGUGCUGAGUCGGACGAAUGCGUCAGGGAAAUAGGUUCACUGUCAUCCAGACACAAAAUUGGGAGAGAAUACAGUGUCGAAAGUGUGCAAGUUCAUCGCUGUAUAUACGGUAGCAUAAUGAGUGUAUGCAAGGGACUCACGAAUGACGAUUUUGUCGGUAAUAGGCGGAAGAAUGUCUCGAACAAAAGAGAGGCGUUUAGAUAGCAACACAUUUGGAGGACUGCUCUGCACUGUUUGAUUGAGGUUUGACCUGGGCUUGUAUGACUGAGUUUUGUUGAUAGCAUCCAUCUCGAAUCGCGACAGGUAGUCGGUAGCCGCGUUUUCCUGUUCGUGGACAUGAUGAGUGACACCGGAAAAACAGCAGGGCGAAGUCGAGUGGGAAUUCUGUGGCGGUUGAGUUCAGCCACGUCUGGAGAUUGCGUGUCGAUCACGUCGGGUUUGUCACCAAUUUGUGGCGACACAGCGGCUAGAGUAAGUACUCUGUGUCCUUGUCUGUGCGCUAGCAUCCUCGGGUCAGAUCCCAAGUUGAGGAGAGAAGACGGAAGAAACCAGAAUGAGGGGUUUAUUGUGCACAGAACCCGGAGUUGUCCUCUCAGGCGACAGUGGCCACUGACGAAGCCAGGGCUGGUGUUGACUGCGUCCAGUCAGGCCUGAGAGUCCUUGAGAUAGUGGUGGCAGCCGCUUUUGUAGGCUCGUAGGCCAGGCUCAAUUGGUGGCCAACCAGCGUGCGUUGCAUUUGCCGAGGGGUGGUGUCCCAGUGGCUUGUUUUGCUGGUUGCAGGGGGUGGCGCGUUCAAGUGGCCGCAUGGGCAGCUGCGACUGCGCGGACGCAGGUAUGCCCGAGCUGUUGGUCGUGUGACUUCAGGUCAGCUCGUCUGGGACGGCUCGCUGCAAAGGGGUGAAUGACCUUGAGGCAGCGAGGUCUUGAACAAUGACGCCGGGCCAGUCAUGAUGGCUAGCCGCCACAGGACUAUGAGGGUUCCUGUGACCCAAGCGACUAUCUACAUGAAAAAGAACACCUUAACACUCACUACAUCGAUACCACCAUCGACACCACGGUCUCUUCGUCAGUGGAAUUCCUGGAGAAACUCAAAGGGGUAGGCAUCCAUCCAAAUGAGGUCAUGGUAUCUUUUGCUGUUACAUCACUUUUUACUUCUAUUCCCCAGGACCUGGCGAUCGAGACAAUUGAGCUGCUUCUACAAAGCAAAUACGAUGAAACGGAGAACCGUCUUGGACACGCCCAAAUCCUUCAGUUCCUGAAGCUCUGUCUCAGGACGUACUUCACGUUCAACGGGACAAUCUACGAACAGGUGAAGGGCACACGAAUGGGUUCGUCGAUUUCGGGAUUCAUCGCCGAGGCGGUCCUGCAACGGUUAGAAUCGCUGGUCUUCCAACGCCACAGACCGAAAUUCUGGGCCCGGUAUGUGGAUGACACCUUCGUCGUCAUCGAACGGGAUCAGGUGUUGACAUUCCAAGAACAUCUCAACACCGUCUUCCCGGACAUUCAAUUUACAAUGGAGGAGGAAGAGAACAACCAGCUGGCCUUCCUGGAUGCCCUCGUAAGUCGCAAAGAUUGUGGUGAACUAAAAACCAAAGUGUUCAGGAAAGCGACAAAUACGAUGCAAGUACUGAACUUCAACAGUAACCACCCAAUCAGCCACAAACACAGUUGUGUAAGGACGCUCUAUCGGCGUGUCGAAACGCACUGCAGUGAGCCGGAAGACAAAAUUGCCGAACUACAAUACCUCCGACGGGUCUUCAAAGCCAAUGGCUACCCGCGCAACUUCGUCGACCGGUGCAUACGCAAAAGAGACGAAAGGCCUAAGCGCACGGACACCAAAUCUUGGCGGGCACUUCCGUAUGUCAAGAACGUUUCGGAAGCUGUCGGCCGCCUUCUCGCACCACUUGGGGUUGGAGUGGCACACAGACCGGAGGCAACCAUCAGGCGUCUGGUCAUGAAACCGAAAGACCCACUGCCACGGCUAGAAACGUCUGGAGUCGUUUAUCGGAUCUGGUGCAGUUGCGGACAAACCAACUACGUCGGAGAAACCGGAAGACAGCUCCGAACAAGAAUGGCCGAACACGCGGCAGCGGUGCACAGAAAUGACGCCAGCUCUCAAGUUGCGGCUCAUUCGACAAUAUCCGGCCACACAUUCAAAUUCGAUGAGGCCGAAAUUCUCGCAAAAGGUGACAACCGCGUGAGCCGGGAGCUACUGGAAUCAUGUUUUACUGGCCCCCAGUCCAUCAACAAGUGCAACGAUCUUCCCACUCCAUACUGCGUGCUAAAAUUUCGCCUAGGCGGAGUAACAAGCCAUGCGGGGAGCGCAGAGGUGAACACUUUUCCCAACACCGGGGUCGGUGCGUCAGAUGGUCGAGCAAUCAUCACGCCAACAUCCAACGCACGUGAUGAAAUUGCAGCAAUUAUCGACUCGAAUGUCGGCCAUCGAGCAGUGAUCACACCAAUUGCGACGAUCCCGGAUGAAGGGGGGAGCCGUGAAUGUUCAUAG